UCUCGAUAAACCCCCACCGAAGAAAAACACCACCCUUGUUAUUAUAAACAUCACCGGUGAUAAACCACCGUCCGAUUCAUCGCACCUUCAUUUUCCGUCAAUCAAAUUCAACACUUAUUCCACACACACACACACACAUAUAUAUAUAUAUAAUAAUCAAUCAAAAAUCUUAAAAAAUAACUGUAUGGAAACAAUGGACCCACCUCUAGCCGAAACCCGACCCGAAAGCGAACCCGUACUUGUUGAAGAAUUAGGUCAAAAUGUUAAUGAAAUCUUCGUCAAAGUUGAUGAGCUUGAGAAGAGGUUGAACGAAGUUGAGCAGUUCUUCUCUAAGACAAAUAAAAAACAGUCAAACACUUCUAAAGCUAGUUCAGUAUUGAAAGACAAAGAUAAGGAUAAACAAUUGAGCAGCUUUAGAAGGCGGCAGCAGGAUGCAUCUCGUAGGGAAGCAGCCGCUACAAAGAGAAUGCAAGAUCUUAUGCGUCAGUUUUAUGGAUUAUUACGUCAGCACAUUUUUUCGCACAAGUGGGUAGAACCAUUCAUGCAGCCAGUGGAUGUUGUGGGGCUUAAGUUGGAUGAUUACUAUGAGAUAAUUGAAAAGCCAAUGGACUUCAGUACAAUUACUAACAAAUUGGAGGCAAAAGAUGGCACUGGGUAUAAAAAUGUCCGAGAAGUAUGCGCGGAUGUGAGAUUAGUAUUUAAGAACGCUAUGAAGUAUAAUGAUGAGAGAAAUGAUUUUCAUGUGAUGGCCAAGACAUUACUUGCAAAAUUUGAGGAGAAGUGGCUGCAGCUUUUGCCGAAAGUUGAUGAAGAGGAUGAGAGACGGAAAAGGGAGGAAGCAGAGGCACAGUUUGAUAUGCAACUUGCUCAAGAGGUUGCUCAUGCGAAAAUGGCCAGGGACUUAAAUACCGAACUUGACGUGGUUGACAAAAGCCUCGAAAGAAUGAAAGAAGUGGUACUUCAAAAUUGCAGGAAAAUGUCUACUGAAGAGAAGAAAGCACUGAUGACAGUUCUUACCCAGUUAUCUCCCGAAGAUUUGAACAAGGCACUGCUAAUCGUCGCCCAGAAUAACCCCAACUUUCAAGCAAAUGGUCAAGAGGUGGACCUUGACAUUGAUGCACAGAGUGAGUCGACGUUGUGGAAGUUGAAGUUUUUUGUGAAAGACUUGCUUCAGAAACAAGGAAAGAGUCCAACAAGCAUGGGUGGUAACACCAUCACUACCACCAACACCAACAUCAACACAAAUCAAAACAAACGGAAAAAAGAGAUCAAUGAGGCACAACCAAAACCCCCCCAGAAAAGGAACAAAAAGGCUUAAAUAACAUUUUUGUUUCUUGGUAAAAUCUGUGAUUAUGUGAAUAAUACAUACCAUUAAUCAUGAUCAAGGUUACCUUAACUGAGUUUGUAUCUUUUGUGUUUUGCUAACAUCGAGUUGAAACUUUUCAGGCUUA